GGGCUUUUCAUAUUCUUUUCGAAUUUACUCGACCUUGUCGUUUGCAUUUCUCGCUUCUUCGCAAUUUAAUUUGAUGAAAACCCUAAUGGGUCUGUUGGUUCUACUGCCAAAUUGAUAGAUUCUUACUCAAAUUUGUCGCUCGGCAAGUUUCAGGACCCGAUCUCUUUACUUUCUGAUUUGAACAAUCGUUUGAAGUCAUUAGUAUAAGUUGCUGUUCUUGUUGAUCUGCAAGUUCAUUUUGAAGUUACCCUUCUGCCCAUUUGUAUGGUUAGUGUGGUGGUCUGAUGGUGUGGUUUUGAUUGAUUCCGAAUUAGAUUUUAAAAAACAGGGAAUGUUUCUCAAAUUCUUUUCUGUUUUGAAUUGGUAUUUGGGCCUUUGUUACAAGCUCAUAAGUUAAAUUUCUUGCCUCAGCUGAUAAGCAUUGUGGUUCUGUUGUUUUGUUCAUGUCAAUGUCGAAAGAGGAUGAUCUAUCUUCUAAUUCAGAGCUCUUAUCAGACGUUUUCCAGUACCUUCUUGAUUGCAUCAUUGUUGAUGUUGCAUCGGAGUCCCACCGAAUUGCUAGGCUAGGACUGGACCGUAAUUUGGAUGAAGAGGAAGAGGAAUUGAGAUUGUCUGCGGAUGCACGAGCCAGGACAUCUGAAACGUGCCACAGCAGUGAAGCCAACGGCAAAUAUAUUGUCGAUAUAUUUGGGCAAACUCACCCCCCAAUCGCAAAUGAGAUCUUUGAUUGCAUGAACUGUGGCAGAUCUAUAAUGGCCGGAAGAUUUGCUCCUCACUUGGAGAAGUGCAUGGGCAAGGGGCGGAAGGCUCGUCUGAAGUCGACAAGAAGUAGCACAGCUUCACAAACCAACCGGUAUUCACGAGGAAGCCCUCUUUCAAGUCAGUCCCCUUACUCAAAUUCCACCGCCCUCAACCAAUUACCGAAUGGAAGUGCAGGUAAUGAGCAUCUGAACGGUGCGCUGGAAGAGCCGUGACACGUGCAGACCAAGAUAUACCAUGGGGCUUGUGGGCGAAGCGUCAUGCAGGACUAGUUAGGAUGCCAAAUAUCUGUGCAGAUUUUGCCCUUUGAACAACAUACAUACAUUUCUCACAUAGUGAAAAAGUAUGUUAUGCAGUGAUUAUGAUGCACUUGCUAAUUAGAUAGCUAUGCCACAGUUGCUUUGGUUGAUCAUCUGUAACUAUUCUAUACACGACUUGUAGUUCCAGAAUAUGCUCUCACCCGUUGCCUGCAUUCAUCAAUAUUUUACAAGUAUUUUUAUAUA